CACAUCACCUUCCAACAGAAGGCGCAACCGGAAGGGGAGGGCCUCCCGCCCGGACGCGGGGCUCCCGCUAUCAUGGCUUCUCGCGGGGUCGUUGGCAUUUUCCUCUUCUCUGCUCUCCCCCUCUUGUGUCUAGAGCUCCGGCGUGGGAUCCCGGAUCUAGGAGUUAAAGAUCUAAUUUUGCUCUGUGGCCGGAUUUUCUUACUACUUGCUCUUCUUACUUUAAUUAUUUCUGUGACUACCUCAUGGCUUAAUUCAUUUAAAUCUUCCCAAGUGUAUCUGAAAGAAGAAGAAGAGAAGAAUGAAAAAAGGCAAAAACUUGUCAGGAAAAAACAACAAGAGGCACAGGGUGAAAAGGUCAGCAGAUACAUAGAGAAUGUUCUAAAACCUCACCAGGAGAUGAAAUUGAGAAAACUGGAAGAGCGCUUUUAUCAGAUGACGGGUGAAACUUGGAAAUUAAGCAAUGGUCAUAAACUUGGGGGUGAUGAAGAGUUGGUGCUUGAAAAUGGGAGUCAGACAUCUUUUGAAACAUCAAACAGCAGAGAAGCAGCAAAGAGACGGAACUUGCCUAAGCCUCUAACCAAAAUUUCACCAUCUGCUGAACAGCCCACGCAGAAGGAGGUUCUUGAUCUACCUGAAGAACCUCCUGAAACAGCUGACGAAGUAGUUGCUGUUGCUCUCCGAUGUCCAAGUGGGAGGGUCCUGAAAAGAAGGUUUUUUAAGUCUUGCAGUUCACAGGUCUUAUUUCACUGGAUGAUGAAAAUCGGGUACCACAUAUCUCUAUACAGCCUUUCUACUUCCUUUCCCAGAAGGCCUCUGGAAGUAGAGGAAGGCUGGUCCCUGCAGGACAUUGGAAUAACUAUGGAUACUGUACUCAAUGUGGAAGAAAAAGACCAGAGCAACUAAUUAAGAAAUGAGAAUGACCUGUUUUACAUAAAAUCAGUUAUGCCAUGAUCUUACAGGACAUAAAGGUUUCAGGUUAAAAUCAUGCCAUACCUUGAUUGAGCUCAAGGCAGUAAACACUUGAAUGUUGAUAUCCUCGGGAAUGUAUGGACACGAAGGAUUAGAAAAGGAUUGCUCUCUGCAUAUAAUAGUUUUUGGAAUGUGCCGUCAUAAUGUACCAUCUGAAAACUAGAUAAAAAUGUGUACAGUAAGGCACUCCAUGAUUUGUAUUUUUCCUAGCGGACAUCAUUCAUCACUGUGUUGAAAAACAAAAUCAUAUGACUUUGUUUCCUGCCUCAUCAGUCCACCUUGCCAUACUGAACAUUUCACAAUUCAGUCAAACUCUUUAAAAUCUAUUAGGUAGAAAUGUUUGUUCUGCUUUAUUUCUAGAAAUGAAACUUUAAAGACAUUUCAAAGGUCUCUAAUGCUUUACAGUUCUUUUUGAUAUACAAUAAAGGGUUAGUACCCAAAAUAUAUAAAGAACUUAUAAACUCAACACCCAAAAAACAAAUUAUCCAAUUAAAAAUGGGCAGAAGAUAUGAACAGACAUUUCUCCAAAGAAGACAUACAGACGGCCAACAGAUACAUGAAAAGAUGCUCAACAUUACUCAUCAUCUCAGGGAAAAUGCAAAUCGAAACUAUAACGAGGUAUCACCUCGCUCCUGUCAGAAUGGCUAAAAUCAAUAAUACAGGAAACAGGUUUUGGUGAGGAUGUGAAGAGAGGGGAACCCUCUUGCACUGUUGGUGGGAAUGCAAACUGGUGCAGCCACUGUGGAAAACAGUGUGGAGUUUCUUCAUAACAUUAAAAAUUGAACUCUUAUGAUCCAGCAAUCACACUACUAAGUAGGCGAAGAACACAAGAGUACUAAUUCAAAGCAAUACAUGCCCCUGUAUGUUUAUAGCAGCAUUAUUGAUGAUAGCGAAGAUACGGAAGCAGCCCAAGUGUCUAUCAGUUGAUGAAUGGAUAAAGAAGAUGUGGUAUACAUAGACAAUGGAAUAUUAUUCAGCCAUAAGA